AUGCACUUGACUGGGCGUCGCAGCGGGCGUCAGCCUUCGUGGCUCCUUGCUGGCUUAUUUGCCUCCGUCUUGCUCUUUGGUAUCACUUCUGCCGCUCCUGUUGUCGGCGAUGAGAUUGAGCCUGCAUCCAAGAACGCGCUCGCGGUGGGCUCUCGCGAUCACUCGGCGUCUUCCUCCCGACCCGGCGACUCUGCCAUGCACGCUACGGUCCUAGAUGACACGCUUCUCCAUGCUCCUCUGCCUACGUUGCACAGAAGAGCUGGAGGCUACUCGUCUUGGGACUCUCAGCCACAGUAUAGCGAACACCCCUCGAUCCACUAUCCAGGCGAAGGAUGGAAGGUGUACCGCCGCCCAAACUCUCAAACCGUUAAGGUCACCCGUUACGAUCCUCGGGUAAACAUCCCCGUCGUUGAAAGCACAUACGAAGAAUUGUCGGCUGAAGACAAAAAGUCGGUCAGAAAUGCGUUCCCGGGUUUCAAACAGCUCCAAGCAAAUGGCUGGAGAGUGGAUGGUGUCAAUUUCCGACCUGACAUUGGCGAAAACAUCAUGGACCAGAGAGGUAUAUACUACCAGCGUGGUCGAGGGCCGCAGACGAUCUCGGUCAAGAGCGUGAAUGGCAAAUACAGUCGGUACGAAUUCCAGUACCAUACAAGAGACCUGCUUGGGCGCCCGACGGAGAAGUGGGCCACAUACGAAAAGCUCCCCGAACACUUGCAACGAUACCUCCGAUGGACAGCGCAAUAUUCAGAGACGAUGCCUGCAUGGGCGGCAGCCAUUCCUCACGUGCGCAAGAGGUCAUCCACGCCACUCCAGCUCGAAAAGCGCCGUGAAUCUGUCGGUUCUAACGAGGUGGAUACCAUGUCAGCGACGGAUCGACUGCCUGUGCGUACAGAGGACCAAGAGUCCACUCAUCCUUUGAUGCACAAGAGAGCAUGGCCUUACCACCAGCAAUUGCGCACCGUCCUGUAUCCGGGCAAGAAGAUCGUCUUGGUUCGCAUUCGUGGCAAAUAUCGCUUCCAGAUCGUGAGCGAAGAUGGAACUCAAAUCCUCCAGUCCAUGAAAUGGAGGCAACUCCCCUCCGAAGUACGAGCCGGACUGCGAAGAAUGAGCCCCCGCAUCGAAAAUGUUGCGACCCACUCAGUGCCAGAAGCUGAAGCAAGAAAUUACGGUGUUUUGGUGGGAAAUCAUAUCUACGAUCUGAACAACGCCUACUUUCAUCCCAGCUUCCCUUCAGCAACCAUUCAUGUUGUGCGCUCUCAGCACGGUCAGACCCUCUUCCAGAUGGGUGAUCAUGCAGAACCCGUGGUCUUUUGGGGUCUACCAUCGCAUCUGCGCGAUUACUUGGAACAGCACCAAAGUGUCCGUGACUUUGUUGUACAGGCUCAACGGGAAACGCCCCGUCCUUCUUGGUUCCGCGGUUAG